CGCCUCCCUUCACCUCUCCGCUCUACGCGUCGUCUCGCCGCCAGUAACUUCAGGCAGGCAGGCACAAACCUCCAGCUUCGUGCGGCGCUAUUGCGGUCUUUGCUGGAAAAAGUCUCCCCGACGAGAAGACGAGACAUGAGACUCCGGUUUUCCCAUCAAGACUAAGUUUGCUCGGUAUAUUUGAAGCAUCCUUGAGCGGCUUGUCAAAGUGUUUCUCUCCCGGCUCAGAGUUCGUCCCUGAGGGCAGACACGAUGGGCUGCUGCAGCGGCCGGUGCACGCUCAUUUUUAUUUGCAUCUUACAGCUGGUGUUGGCACUUGAACGACAGGUCUUUGACUUCCUGGGUUACCAAUGGGCGCCGAUCCUAGCCAAUUUUGUCCACAUCAUCAUUGUCAUCCUCGGCCUCUUCGGCACCAUACAGUACCGACCACGCUACGUUGUAGUGUUUGCAGUUUGGGCGGCUCUUUGGGUGGCUUGGAAUGUCUUCCUCAUCUGCUUUUACCUGGACGUAGGCGGCCUGUCUAAGGACAGUGAACUUCUGACAUUUAACAUCUCAGCCCAUCACUCGUGGUGGAGCGAACACGGGCCAGGCUGUGUGAGGAGGGAAAUGCCACAAGCUGAAGGGGUUCACACCACUGAAAGCCACUCGUACAUCACUGUCAUGGGCUGCCUCAUGGACUACCAGUACAUCGAGGUCAUGCACAGUGGAACACAGAUCCUGAAUGCUCUCCUGGGCUUUGUGUACGCCUGUUAUGUUGUCAGCGCCAUGACAGACGAGGAGGACAGUUUUGAUUUUAUUGGUGGAUUUGAGCCAUUCCCACUCUACCAUGUCAAUGAGAAACCAUCUCAUCUCCUCCUAAAGCCCGUGUCCCUGUCUACGUAAAUAGAAGAUCAAUCAUCCUGGAGGGAAGUGAUGCCGACAUUGCUUGCCACAGUUUGACCAACUGUUUGUCCCGCAUCGUGCCAGUCUUUUCCUCACACUCUCACUUCACUAUUUUUCAGUACUUCAAACACUGCACGCACUGGUGGGCUACAUGGAAAGUCCACCUCGGUUUGAUUGUCUUCCUUUGUAUUCGUGUCACAUGUGUGUUUCGGAGCAACUUUUGGGAAAUUUUUUUGUAAUGUCUUCUGUGCCGAGGUGCCGUGGCCUUCCCAUCAACACAAUUGUUAACAACAUCGGAAUUACUUCUGAGUUUAUCGUCUCCCAGCAUUCCCAGUGUGUGGCACUGAGCUGGAGUGAUUUUGCAGCCAUUUCUGGUGAAUGGCACUAAAGUGGAAUGAACAAACCAUUGUGCCCCGACUGUUUCUGUCAGGCAAAGGUCUUUUGUACACAGGCAGACGGCAAAAGGAAGCCAAUCUUCAGGUCGUGCAUCAAAAUUAGACAGUGUACAUCACUGAAUGAUGGCAGGAACAUGAAUUUAGCCGUAUGCAAAAUAUCACGAAUGCGGAAAUCAUCGCACGCAGGUUUAAAAAGUUUUAUUUCUCUAGUCUUAUAUUUGUGAUUAUUUUCACCAACAGCCAAGUUGCUGUCAAUGAACUGUCAUGGUGUUGGUGUUUGAAAAAGCGCUGGUAGCUAAUCAUUGGAUUGUAAUGCAAACUCAACCUAUUGUUAACUUAAACUUCAACAAACAGUAGCAAUAGAAGUACCGUCACCCAAACCACAAUCACACAUUUAAAAUGAAAGCAACACGCUGUGACUCAACUGCAGACUGUCAGCUUUAAUUUGAGGGUACGUAUUUACAUCCAAAUCAUGAGAACGGUGUCGGAAUUACAGCAGUUUGUAUACGUGCCUCCAACUUUUCAAGGGACCAAAAGUAAUGGGACACUUGGCUGUUGUAAAUUGUUGUCGAAUGUAAAUACCCUCAAAUUCAAGCUAGCAGUCUGCAGUUUCAUGUCAAAUCCGUUGUGGUGACAGUUUAGAGACAAAAAGUUGGUAAUUGUGUCCAUGUCCCAAUAUUUAUGAACUUGACUGUACGUGUGUCUCAAAAUAACAAUGGAACAAGACCACCGGUCAACUGGCUGCAUAUUUUUCGGUUGACCUUGUUGUAACGUUUCUACAAAGGUAUUUCAUACAGUACUUGAAAAGCACUUUUUUUUUGCCCGUGGCCAAUGUGCUCCAAGUCACUCAGUGGGAGACAAAUCCCCGUUGCCUUACUGCCCUCUGGCGGCUACUCCGUCGAUGUGCAAGAGCAGAAUGGUGUUUUUUUUUACGCAAGUACAGUCCAAUUUUUUUACCGGGCGUGGGGGGUAGCGUUUUAAAUUCUGAUGAAAUGGCAAGAGGAAAUGUUUUAUUCUGCGGGUUCCUUUCGGGCCACUUGUUUUUAUCUUUGGAGUUUCGGCGCUUUCCAAAUUGUACGUGUGAAGCUUAAGGAUCAAAAGAGUUGCGAACAAAGACGUUUCCUAGUUUUUGUUCUACGUAUUCACGGGCCAUUUUGUUUAUUCUUGGCGGCUGAAAAAAGCUCGACUGCUUGUCUGAUUUCUGUAAUAUUCUCAGUGCCGGGUGGUCCUAAAAUAUCCCAGCCCAAUGCAUCCCUUUUGACCUGACAAUGAACUGCAUUGAGCGUGAUUGGUCAAACUUUCUUUGGGCAAAUGCCAAUGUCUUUAUUUACGUGAUUUCAAUCUAGUCCCGUAUUUCCCAACCUCUAUUGAGCAAUGUCGCAUAAGCAAUGAAUACUGAAAUAAGGAUGGUCUUGGAUCCAUUUACUCACAAAUUGAGUCGGUGUGAAAUGUGGUCCUGUUGAAUUAAACACAAAGCUGAAAUACUCGCAGGAAGCCAUGACUUAUUCUGACAAACUUCAUAUGACCAAAACCCCAGGUGUAUACACAAAUUUACUGUACCUUAUGCCAAAUUUACUGUACCUUAUGCCAAUUAACAAAAAAUCAUUCUUUGUUUUAUCAGCCGUUGAAUGUUGCUGGAAAUUAUAUUUGCAACUGAGAAAUCCAGACAAUUGAAGCCAAAUUGGACAAUUGCCAUGAUAACCUGGUUGCAAAUCACUGCUCUCAUUGUGUGCGUGUGUGCUCGUGCGUGUGUGCGUGUGUGUGUGUGUGUGUGUGUGUGUGUGUGUGUGUGUGUGUGUGUGUGUGAGUGUUCGUGUGUGUGUGCGCCCCCAUAUCUCACUGUCAGUCAGUAUUGCAAAGAAACGUUACUAAAUCUCUCAUUUUCCUUUUUGUAUAAUAUAACUUCUUAAAACUGUUCUAUGUAUGUGAUUAAUCAUCCUUGUUAAUAUUUAUGUAGAAAGUGUUUUCUAUUUUCGCUUCCGGUUUGUGCCCAAUCCUACUGUGAUUUGACUGUGUGUCCCUAUCCCAUGUCUAUUCUUUGUGUUCAUGUAAAUAAGUGUUUAAUAAUAAAAGAAAAGACUGAGCACUUUCA